AUGGGAAAGAAAAAGCGCGGCCAUCCAGACCUUGAGGAACUCCUCGGUCGCCCGUGGUGCUACUAUUGCGAGCGCGACUUUGACGAUUUGAAGAUUCUUAUAUCUCAUCAGAAAGCAAAACAUUUUAAGUGCGAUCGUUGUGGAAGACGGCUAAACACUGCUGGAGGUUUAUCGGUGCAUAUGAGUCAAGUACACAAGGAGCAGCUGUCUGCAGUUGACAAUGCGCUCCCGAACCGAUCGAGCUUGGACAUUGAGAUUUUUGGCAUGGAGGGCGUCCCGGAGGAUAUUUUGCAGGCCCAUAACCAGCGUGUUAUCACUCAGUACCAUCAAGCUGAGGCUGAGCGACGCGCUGCGACUGGAAACCCAGCGCCCGGGGUGUCGGGCGGCAACCAGCCGAAAAAACCAAAACUUGAAGCUGCAUCAGACUUGAAAAAGCGGCUAGCGGAACACAAGGCGAAGCUAGCAGAGAAGACGGCGGGAACAAGCAGUGGCGGUAAUACUCCCGUUAGUACCGACCAAGGAUUGCAGGCUGGAAAUUCAUACGGUACUCCGCAAUAUCCAGCCAAUCCGUCUAAUGGUUCAGCACCACCCUACAGCUAUCCCCAACAGUAUCAGCAACCAGCACAAACAUUCCAAAAACAACCCGAGUAUCCCACUCCUGGAUUUCAGUCACUUCCUGGACAACAGUUUCCAGCUCAGUAUUCGUCGCCAGCCAUGUCGCCGUCCCAUUUCCAACCUCCAUUACCUGGACAAAGCCCUGUCGUUUCCGCCACGCCCCCUUUGCCAUUCCAGCAGCAGCAACCGCCGCAGAUGCGAACUCAUACACCUCCCCAGUCAGUACCUCCAGUUCCUUCGAGACCUUCAAGUCUGCCUGCUGCCCCAGGUCUGCCUCAGAGACCCAGCUUUUCUGCGCCACAAGUCAACUCGUGGCAGAUGCAGCAAAUGCACCAUGCAUCAAUACCUGUACAACCACCCGCUAGCACGCUCUUAGCAAACACGGAACUUGGAGCGCAACCUGCGGUGGUGCCAGCAGCAGGCCGAGCAAUAUUGGACGAAGCUAGGCGGAACGACGAGCCACAGAAAUCCGCACAGGCUGCAGCGCCCGAAGAAACGACGGAAGGGAAACUAUCUAAGAAGGAAAAAGCGAAAGCGUCCAGACUUGUCUAUUCUGAUAGUGAAGUUAGUCCUGAAGAAAAGAUGGCGAAAUUGCCUAGGUAUGCAUUCGUUCCUGAACGCAAAGAAGAGACAGUACUUCGUGAUGCAACUACUGCUGCUGCUGCUGCAAGGACUGUUGAUGCUUCGGAUGAAAUUACAAACCCACCAGAGUAG